UCCGCAGCUGUUCACGCCCGGCUGUUCCUUCUAGAAGUUGCGCAUUAUGAUAAAAAUUGUAUUCUGCAGUUUGCUAACCUCCAUGUUCACCAGCACAUUGGAUUUAUACGCUGGUGAUGAGUCUGGCCCUGGCAGCUGGUCCGUAGACAGUGUGGGCUCGUGUGCCACCCGAUACCCGAGCAACUUCUACAUGACCCUGCAUAAGCCGAACAGCACAGCUGGUGAAUUUAAUGGGACCUUGUAUUUGCCUGAUGGGAUUGACGAUUAUUUCUCAGUAACAUAUGAGUACACCAAACUGGACGGAGCUGACCACCGAGUGAGAAGUUCAGCGUACCGCCCCUUCAUAUACGAAUACACUAAAGACGCGAUUGACGGCCAGUGCCACACAGCGGCCGAGACGUAUCCCUUCUACUUUCCUAUACCGCCGGGCUUAUACCUCUUCAACGAUUAUAUAUACCACUACAAAGACACCCAACUGCCUGCAGAGGGCGUGUACGGCACGUUCGACAUUUACGGGUACCUAAAUCAUAGACAAGAGAGAGUUGGCUGCAUGAAACUCAGAAUAUCAUUUCAAAAUAAUAAAAAACUAGUUUAAUUUUUUUCGAUUCAGUCUAUUCCAAAGAACAAAGAAUUACAUAGACGGAAUGAUAAAAUAAAAACUG